AUGAUACCUAAAGGCGCAAGUGAAAACGGCGAAGAAGCUGUCUACUCCUUCGAAGCAAGAAUUGAAAAACAGGGGAAGAUCGUUGACGAACAAGGAGAUCACCUCCUUAUUUACGGCGUCGAGUUUGGUGAUGAGCAGGCUCCACUAGACGUAAUGCUAGGCUAG